UCAGGUCAGUGAUAUAAUAUUACUUUGUUCCAUUGUUGGCAGGUAGACUAUUGUGAUAUAAAUUGUUGUUGUGAUGAAGAUUGUUCGGCUAGUGACAGGCAAGCUUUCAGCCAUUGUUUCAAAAGACCAUCCAUUGCUGCAGAUCCCAGAUAUUGUUAUCAAACAAAUUUUGUGUACCGCAAUAACACUGAAUACAAAAUGGUUCAAAAUAAAGAGGGUAUGUUCUGUAUUCUUUGGGACAACUUGCCUUCAGAAACACGUUUUCUAAAAAGAA